AUCACUUUGCAAGAUUUCGCGCGCAAUAAACACAUUGCAACUUGUACACGUGUAUUUGCACCAGACGAAUGUAUAAGCAAAGCCGUAACCGGUAAAAUGUAUAAAAGACCAGCCGACUUUCUGGCAAUAUGCAGCAGCGUUGAGUCAGAGUUAAAUUAAGUUCAAUUUGAUUGAUUCGCCCAAUAAACGGAGCUUCAGCGCAAAAAAUACGUCAACACACAUUGAUUGUACACACAGCGAUACACAAAAUAUUCACGCCGAACUCGAUUGGCCUUCAGUUUAAGUUUGGCUUUUGAAGUGUGAACACCAAAAAUACAGAACAUUUGAGCGUACAUACGAGACCGAUAAACGACGUGUAUGACGUGAUUUUGAUCGAUUCGUUUUUUUAUUAUUUUUGAAAAUUGUCAAAAGAACGGAGAUCUUCGUAAUGAUUCAAAACGAACGUUCUAAGAUGGAACACCAGUCAUCUUAUCCAGAUCAACAAUGCAAUGGAAUGGCGUGUGCAGGUUGUUCAAAUGCAGACUUACAACCGAAAAUAUUCAAGCUGACCAUCGAUUGUUUCGACGAAAUAUUCGAGUAUUUGUCAAUGAAAGAUUUGCACUCGCUCGGUCAAACGUGCAAGACAAUGCAGCAGGUGUGCGGAAAGUACUUCAAACGGACUUAUUCAGCGGCUGAGAAAUUCUGCGCAAGGGACGGAAUAUACACGACCUAUUCCAGCAUGGGGGGUGACGUUAAUCAGCGCAUUCAAACAUCGUGUUUUAAUCAGUUUAUGCCCUGUAUAUCGCAUUAUUAUGGGGCAAUUGGACCAAUUCAUUAUCUACAAAAACAUGUCAACGAAUUUAUAUCAACCAACCACAUUUACCUUGUGUCGCUAUUUAUAAACCACGAAAAAGUGGAAUUAAUCAGAGAAAUACUACCACAAAUCGAAAUAAUGCAAAUAAGAAAUUGCUCGAUGUCACGGAAUUUCUACGAAUUGAUGCUGAAAUAUUGUGAAAAUUUAAAGUGCAUUUAUUUGCAGAACGCUGACUCCAGUUUCAAUAGCAAGCACGAAUGGCUAGUGCAAGAUUAUCCUCAGCUCGAGCAUUUGGAACUGAUGCCGAGCUAUCCGAUCGUAGUGGAUGAGCUGAAGGCAUUUUUUGAGCGUAACCCGAAGGUGAAACGAUUUUCGACCACCGCCAGAUUUCUAUGGAUUAAUAGAAAUGAGUUUCUGAAUUCGAAAGUGCAAUUGAAUGUAUUGGAAAUUAAAGCCGAAUUCUUCACUGAAUUCGAUGAAUCGGGCAAUAAGAUAAUAAUUUGGGAUGUAUUGAAUCGACUUCAUGCACAAGGUUUCUACGAGCGAUUAUUUGUUUACACCGGCCGCGUUGACCAAGAGCUCAGCAAUCAAUUGGCUUCGGUGAGUGCGAGUCUCGAGACAUUAUGCAUUCGACGGUUUAAAUCAAGCUUCAGUUUGCCUCUUUUGAGCAAUCUAAAAGAGCUCAUACUUUUGGAUGGAGCAAAUGUCGCUGAUAUGGCAGUUCUAGCGAAGAGUCUCAAGAAAAUCCAACGAAUUUAUGUCGACAAAGCAACAGUUGACGACAUUUUGCCAUUUAUUCGGCAAUCAACACAAUUGAGUAAAAUCAAAUUGUUUCUCAAAGGUGAACAGGAACAACAACGCAUUCUUGAUGAAAAUAAUGAUGAUAAUAAUAAUAAUGCGGCAUUCAAACGUUGGUAUGAAGAAGACGAAAAGAAGAAUGAGAAUGAUAACAUCGAUAAAGUUGAAGAAAAAAGCGCUUCUAACUGGAGAAUCCUGGACUUGGUCGCAUUAAAUAAGGAACGUAAGAAAUUGGUAGGAGCAAGAAAAGUGACGAUUUAUGUUCGAGACGAUGUUUUUUUGGCCACAAAAUGGGCUGCUUACAAUGGAGAUAUUAAUUUAAGCUUAAUCGAAAUGAGACGAUCUGAUUCGUAUGAAUGGAAUCAUCACUUUUAAAUUCAAUAUGUGAACGAUACUCAAAUAUGUAUAGAAAUAUAUCUAGAAUUAAAUAAAAAUGCUUUGGAUUAUUUCAUCGUUUUAUAUUUAA